AUGUCCUUCGGUCGCCCUCCAUCUCUCUCUGGCGGCUUCUCCGUCUCCGCCCCGGACCGCGGCUCGUUUCCACUGGACCACUAUGGUGCGCGAUGCAAGCAGUACAUGCAGAGCUAUCUCGACUGUCUGCGCAAGAACGGGAGCAACUCGACGCCGUGCCGGCACUUGAACAAGGACUAUCUGGAAUGUCGGAUGGCGCGCGGCCUGAUGGAGCGCGAUGAUUGGAAGAACUUGGGGCUGAACGGCGUCGACGAGCGCAGUUCUGGACACAAGGAUGAUCCCAAGGACGGACCUAAAAGCAAGAGCUAA